AUGCAGAAUUCUGAAACUCAAAAGAAUAUUCCGCAACUGAAGCUAUCCUCCGAGCAUUCGUACAUUUAUGUAAUAAAAAGACUUAUUUCGAUAGAGAUAGAAAUAACGCAGGAGACAGACACAAUACUCGCCGACGCAGAUGGAAAAAAGAUUAAAGGGCCUGCAAAGUGUGUUACCCAUCUCUUCAGUGAUAAGAACCUAGAUGAGAAAACCAUCACAAGCAUCUCCAACGUGAUAGGACUAAGGCCCCAGCAAAUGCUCGCAUACGUAGCCAGCGGCCCUGAAGAAAGAAUCGACAAUCUUUUGGCAAUUUCCAAAAUAAGAAAGUGGCUGUUCGAAGGGCAGAUAACAAACAAAGUAGCAGACCACUUGGUUGACAAGCUGAUAGAAGUGCACGACAGAUACCAAGAAACAUACUGCAGAGAAACAGGAGAAAUAUUCAUACACAGAGACCUAGUCAGACCGGUGGCUGACUUCUACAAGCUAGUGAUACUUUCUGGGCACAUUGAGUCGAUAAUGGACCACCCCGAGGCAGACACUCUUUUCAUAGAGAACGUUGAUUUUAAAACAGAAAAGAGAACUAUCGUAAGCGGACUGAAAGGAAAAUUUGAAAAGAACAAACUGACAAACUCCUGCUGUCUAUUUGUUCUGAAUCUCAAGCCCGUCAGCUUCAAAGGCACAAAGUCCUUUGGCAUGAUUUUAUUUGGAAAAGACGCAGAAAGCGAAGCGAAUGGAACCGUUAUUUUCACAAAAUCAAAUGGAAACAGGCUGGGACUGGCAGAGUAUCCUCUGGAAAAGCUUGUGCAGGUUCCUGUGAAGGUAGGCGAUGCCUCAAAAAGAGCACAAGAGUCUUUCUUUAUGCGCCUGGCAAUAAAAGACGGAAAGCUGGUGUACAAUGAUUUAGAAACUGAGAUAGAAGGAAAAGCUGUUCUAGUUCCCGAAAUAACAAAUGGAACAAUCUCAUAA